CAUAUUUUCAGACACUGCAGCUUCAGUUUGUUUGAAUAUUUUUACUUAUUUCUAGGCAUACCAGAAAAAGCACCAAAAUGGAAAAGCCGUAGUUUGUAGGGAGAUUUCAUUGUUUUCAUGAAUAACAGGGCUUUACAGUCAUUGGUUUUGCAAAUCUGUGGUAUUGUGCCUAUUGCUCUUAUCAUUAAAUGCUGUUAGGAUCUCCAUGGUCCUUCUCCCCGGAAAGAUAUGAAAGUUGGUCAUAUAUCCCACCGUCAUUUAAAAGUCAUGUAAAACUACCAAAUCCCAAAAAUUAAAUAUUUUAUUAUAUCCAUCUUUCUUACUAACUUCCUAACUUAAUGUCAUUUGCUAUCAAGUCUAGCAAUGCAAAUGUGCUGGUUUUGCUAACCAGUUGGCUAGCCUGCUGGAUUUUGCUCUAAGCACCCUUCCAAUAGCCAUUGGUUUUCACUGCCAAGACCAUUCCCAAGUGUGGUUGUGGUCAGACACAAAAUAUUUUGAAAAUAAUGUUUCUGAAAAAGUAUUUGCCUCUGUGAAAACACAGUCCACAAGUAGCCCAAUUUAAUGGAAUUUAACUUUUGCAGAGGUAAAUAUAAUCCGACAAACACAUGCCUAUAUCCUGAAAAAUUAAUUGAAAAGAUACGAUAUGAAUGUGAUCUGUAGGGGAACCUUGUGCUGUGUUUUUCCCCCUGUGGCAGGAGGCGGUGGAGCUGUGAAGCAGACAGGAGGAGAGGAAAGUGCGCCGCUUCGGGGGCUGGAGUCAUGGGAGAGGAGGGCCCUCCCAGUCUGGAGUACAUCCACGCCAAGGACCUCUUCCCCCAGAAGGAGCUGGUGAAGGAGGCCGACACUCUGCAGGUCCCGUUUCCGGUUCUUCAGGGAGAAUGGGUGGAAUAUCUGGGCUAUGCCGACGAUGCCAUUAUCGCCAUAUCCAACUACAGGCUUCAUAUUAAGCUCAAGGACUCUGUCAUUAAUAAAUAUGCAGGUGUGGACAGUGAGAUUUCAGUGCCUCUGAGGCUGAUUGACAGUGUGGAGGUCAGGGACAUGUUCCAACUGCACAUCAACUGCAAGGACUCCAAGGUGGUGAGAUGCCACUUUGCCACCUUCAAGCAGUGCCAGGAUUGGCUGAUGAGGCUGAGCAGAGCCACUGCGCCCCCUGCCCGCCUGGAGGACCUGUUUGCCUUCGCCUACCAUGCCUGGUCUCUAGGGGGCAGCAGUGAUGGCAAGGACCAGCACGUACACCUGUGCCGCCCAGCUGAUCACGUCCGGCAGAGGUACGAGACAGAGGUGCUGAGGAUGGGCUUUGACAUGCAGAAUGCUUGGAGAGUGUCAGACAUCAACAGCAACUACAAGCUUUGCCGCAGUUACCCUCAGAAGCUGCUGGUUCCUGUGUGGAUCACAGACAAAGAGCUGGAGUGUGUGGCCUCCUUCAGGUCUGGAAAGAGAAUCCCAGUGGUGGUUUACAGGCACCAGCGGAACGGGGCCGUGAUCGCACGCUGCAGCCAGCCCGAGAUCAGCUGGUGGGGCUGGAGGAACAAGGAGGAUGAGUACCUGGUCACCUCCAUCGCCAGAGCCUGCCUGCUCAACCCGGGUACCCAUUCUCACUACAGCGCCCCCUGCUGGAGCCAGGGGGAAAGCCAUGACAACUCCAGUGAUUUUGACUCCUCCCUGUCCGCCCACCCUGCCCCCGACGCCAGAGGAGCUCCACCCAAACUGCUGAUCUUGGAUGCCCGCUCCUACCCUGCCGCCGUGGCCAACCGCGCCAAAGGGGGAGGGUGCGAGUGCGAAGAGUACUACCCCAACUGUGAAGUGAAGUUCAUGGGCAUGGCCAACAUCCACUCCAUCCGGAGCAGUUUCCAGUCUCUGCGGGCGGUCUGCAGUCAGAUCCCCGACCCGGGCAGCUGGCUGUCAGCAUUGGAGGGCACCCGUUGGCUGCAGCACCUGUCCGUCAUGUUGAAGGCGGCCACUGUAGUGUGCUCUGCGGUGGAGAGGGAGGGCCGUCCUGUGCUGGUGCAUUGCUCUGACGGCUGGGACCGCACGCCUCAGAUUGUGUCACUGGCCAAAAUCCUGCUGGACCCCUAUUACAGGACGCUGGAGGGCUUUCAGGUGCUGGUGGAGACAGAGUGGCUGGAUUUCGGGCACAAGUUCGGGGACCGCUGCGGGCACCAGGAGGGGACGGAGGACACCAGCGAGCAGUGCCCCGUCUUCCUGCAGUGGCUGGACUGCGUGCACCAGCUCCUAAGGCAGUUCCCCUGCCUCUUCGAAUUCAACGAGGCCUUCCUGGUAAAACUGGUGCAGCACACCUACUCCUGUCUGUACGGCACCUUCCUGUGCAACAAUGCCAAGGAGAGAGAGGCCCGCAACAUCCACAAACACACCUGCUCCGUCUGGGCCCUGCUGCGUCACGGCAACAAGAACUUCCACAACUUCCUGUACAUCUCCAGCCAUGACAUGGUUCUGCACCCUAUCUGCCACACCUGGGCGCUGCACCUGUGGACGGCGGUGUACCUGCCCACGUCAUCCCCCUGCACUGCGGCUGAGGAGGACGUCCAGCUCUACCUGUCCCCCUCCGCCCAGGGAGACGAGCUCACCUCACGCCUCCUGGAGAGGCUACCAAAGACACGUUCAAUGGACAACCUGGUCUUAGCCUGUGAAAACGGGGUGACCCUGAACAGAACCUCCAGUGACCCCAACCUGAACAAGCUCUGCCCAGAGGCCCGGCUGGCACAGGAGGCCGUGUCUGCGACAGGAGGGGGGGGCGGAGGCAGGCAAGAGGAGGCCACCCAGGACACAAGUGUGGAUAAUGAGGGAGUUGAUACUGAUGACCAAGCUCCUCCCGGAUUCCCAGGAGAGGAGGAGCUUAAUGAUGAGAACUACAACCCCUUAAUGAAGGACUGUAUGACCACACAGCCUUUGCCUUCCUCACACUACUCCAUAGUGCACGGGGGGUCCUCCCAAACCACCCACCUUACAGCCACUGGCCCCCAGGCUCAGGAAUUGGGUGACAACCCCUUUCAGGGGCCCUGGCCAAAGGAAGCUGGGGGUGAGUGUCUGACCCCUGGCAGGCCUCCGUCCCCCAGCUCCGUCACACCGGUAUCCCAUGAUGCACUUCUGAUGCACAGCAGGGAAGGUUCCCUUUCCCCAGCAGCACCACUAAUGGAGGACUCAACAGAGACACUCACCGAGCAGAAGCCAGAGCCGUGGUGUGAGAGGAGAGCAGGUCUGAGAAGGGAAGGGGAGGAAGAGGAAGAUGAGGAAGAGGCAGAGAACAGGGGGAGGGGUGAGCGGCAACCGCUGAGCCAGAGUCGGCCCAACUGCCACUGGACCAAUCACAACCACCCGAGUGAGAACGGCUUGCACUGGAAGAGCAGGCAGAGCAUGGCCAAACCCAGCUGGAACGGGUUAGGAGUCACAGAGCCCAGCAGGGGGCAGCAUUUCCCCCAAAAAACCGUGUAUCCCUCCAAAAGCCCCGCCCGCUCCAGCCUGUCCCCGGCCGUCAGGAGCUCCAUCCACGCGGCCCUCCGGGAGGCGUCCUGCCACCCGGCCCCGCCCUCCUCCCCCCAGCCGCCGGCGAUGCAGCCCCCCCUGGAGGCGGACGGGCUGGCGCUGCCCGUGGACGCGGUGCAGCAGCGGCUGCGGCAGAUGGAGGCGGGGUACAGGCUGGAGGUGGAGGCUCUGCGCCGCCAGGUGCAGCAGCUGCAGAUGAGGCUGGAGAGUAAGCAGUACUCCACCCCGCCCUCCGAGCCCGACCUGGACUACGAGGACGACUUUACGUGCCUACACGAGUCUGACGACAGCGAGAAGGAGGGCUCCCUCUCGGACCACAGCAGGGACGGGCUGUCAGAAGGCAGCUGGGACCAGGUGGAGAAGAGGAACACAGAGGUCAGCACUCCCGACCUCCUGCUCCAGGUGACGCGGUGGGUGCCCGAUCACAUGGCCUCUCACUGCUUCGGCUGCGACUGCGAGUUCUGGAUGGCCAAGCGACGCCAUCACUGCAGGAACUGCGGCAACGUGUUCUGCAAGGACUGCUGCCACCUGAAGCUUCCGGUGCCGGAGCAGCGUCUGUACGAGCCGGUGCUGGUGUGCGGCUCCUGCCACGGCCUUCUGCUGGAGUCCCGCACGCGCGACAUCCGCAGCCAGCAGCUGAAGAAGCCCAUCGCGGCCGCCUCCAGCUGAGAGCCCGAGCCUGGCCCCGCCACGUCGCCCACCCGUAUGCUCACCAGGCCUUAGGCGCUGUCCCGGCAGCCGUGUGGGAGGACCUGACGGGCCUGGGCGGAAAAUUUAGUAGAGGGAGAGCACUGUGAGCGAUGUAGACGGAGGUGAAGAGACGCUCUGGUGGCUGCGGUUUAGACGCUCCUGUAACAGUGGUUUAGACAAACCGGUCGGUGGUUUAGACGCUCCCAUGACUGGCGGUUUAGACAAUCCGGUCACCGCGGUUUAAACGUUCUGGUCGCUGUCGUUUACAUGCUCCAGGGACUGUGGUUUGGGUGCUCCGAUGAGUGCGGUUCAGGCUAAAAGCUUGACGGAUCUUCUGUUCCCAGGGUGUUAGCUGCUGUCAAGCAGUGCCUGAGGGAAAAACCUCUGCGAACUCCUCCAGGGAAACGGUAACCUCCAGUUUUCCUCUAAAAGCUGUGCACCUUAAUCAGUACCUCCUCUGACUGACAUAUCACACAGAGGGGACAGUCUUUCGGCAAACGGAGAAGCUUUAGGGGUUCCAAGGUGUCAUCAGCUGUUUUAAACACUGCUGGGUUUUUUUAGUUGCAUUAAAUUUUUUGCAUUUGUUUGUUUUUAUGCACAACACACUGUUACAUAUGAAAGAAUUGCAUUCUAUAUACCAUUAUAAGCUUACUGUGAGCUUCUUUCAGCCUGAACUGAAUCUUCUACAUGGUAGAUGGCUGAAAGCUUAUUCCAUUUGUGUUUAUGUAUAUAAAGCAGUUCUGUACUUGUGUAUUCCUGCCAUAAAUGUGAAAAUGUAUUUAAUUUUACAAUCCUAUAUUUUCAGUGCAGAGCAGAAUAUACUAUUUUCUUGUUACUUUGGAUUGCAGAGAGGACAAAUGAGCUUAAUAUGAGAGUAAGCAGUGUGAGCAUAAGUUGAUGGAGUAUAUUCGCAGAGUCUGGAAAUGGAUGCUUAUUACUAGCUAUUAUAAUACAGCUGGGUGAUUCUCUCAGUAUACAAAAAUAUAUAGACAUUUCAUUUCAGAUGCCUUGUUGUGUCAUAAACAUACAGCAUUGUGCAAGAGUCAUAUUUAUAUUUGUUUUCUUAAAGUAAUACAUCUGAAAGCAUUGCACAGUGACAUAGAACGUACAAAGGCAGGUACCGAGGUACUAUAAAUAUUGACUUAUUUUCAAGUUAAGUUUUGAGUUGAAAAGGUAGAUGUAAGGUAAGAAGCAAAUGUUAAAUGGUGUUCCUCAAAACCGCUGCCAUUUUUUUCAAGUGCCAUUUUUUUCAUAAACCUUAUCUGAGUUUUUUCAUGAAUUAAACCCAAGCAUUAUUGGAGCUAAUUGGAAUGGCUGUGUAGCUAUACAUGUAGCUUUUCUACAGGCCAGAAGUGUUCUAUAGACGUCAACGUUGCUGUUAAAGUAAAAUUUAGGUUGAGGAGAAAGUGGGGAGAGGCAGUGAAAAUGUGGAUCAUGGGAUUCAUGCUCACUUACAUUCUCCUAUUCUGAGUGCCAUUCAUGUGCACCCCUGAAAGGGAAGACAAGGAACCCCAAAAUGUGAUCAGUUUCUCAUUUUUUUCCAAUCUGUGCUAGUGGCUAAAUCUGUCACGCAGUCGAUGGGUACUGUAAAGAAAUACAUUGACCAACUUAAAGGCCAGGAGGUGAUUAAAAGUGAAAAAGAGGGAUUUAUAACGACCUGGCUUUCAAUGAAAAAUUUUUUUUUUUUUGUU